GAUAAACUCCGUAUAAAUUAAUUGAUUAAUUCGAUUCUUUUGCUCUUAGUUAUUUACUAAUUAAAUAUUCAUAAUGGCUACUGCUGCCGGCGGCGGCGGCGGCUCAAGCUCCAAGAAGAGGCUGCAAUGGCCGUCUCUUCUCCGAUGGAACCGUACCUCCACCGACCAAUUAAUCACAGCUGAGAAGUCUCUACUUUCUCUUGCCAAGACUCCAUAUGCUCAAGAGCUAGUUUGGAUAGGCAAUACUUCUAAACGGACCAAAACUGGAUGGUGUACACACACAUCAAGAGCUGAACCAAAUUUAAUAAAUACAGUCACUUUUGAGACCAGCAAGAAAAAAGGGUCUCCUGCUCCUACUCUAGUUAUGCUUCAUGGAUAUGGUGGUUCUCUAGCUCAAUUCUCUCGGAAUUUUGACACCCUUGCCCAACACUUCACAGUCAUAGCCAUUGAUCAGCUCGGGUUCGGUAGAUCAACUAGACCCAACUUCACUUGCAAAACUACUGAAGAAAGUGAUGCAUGGUUCAUUGAUUCUUUCGAGGCGUGGCGGAAAGCCAAAAAACUCACAAAGUUUAUAUUGCUCGGCCAUUCAUUAGGAGGUUAUGUUGCUGCUAAGUAUGCAGUCAAGUAUCCUGAGUAUGUUGAACACUUGAUACUGGUUGGAGUUGUUGGAAUGACAUCGUACCAUGAAAGAAAACACGAGUUAAAGUCUUCACAUAAACCAUUCAGACAAAAAUGUGAAGGAAGUGUUGAGAAAUAUGUAUGUGAAUACAAUAUCACCCCUCAGAAAUUUGUCAGAUGGUUAGGUCCAUUUGGCACACAUGCAGUUAAUUGGCGGAUAGGUUCUGUUAUGCGUGGUGGAGUAGGUUUAACCGAGGAGGAGGCCCAAAAUUUUACAAAAUUGUUGGAAGAUCUUGUAUACCACAUUUCGGCUGCCAAAGCAAGUGGGGAGCUUUGCUUGAAAUAUACUUUGUCUCAUGGAGGGGCAUUUGCUCUGAGUCCUCUUUUGAAUCGUAUAACGGAAUGGAAGGUGAAAACCACAUUUAUAUAUGGUCAUUAUGAUACACUUGGGACUUGCAAAGAAGCAGUUGACGCACGCAAGAAAAUGGAUGGCAGUUUUCCAUGUCAAAUCAUUAAAAUUUCUGAGGGUGGCCAUGAAGUGUAUAUGCAAAAUGCCCCCGCCUUUAACUCUGCUGUAGUUUAUGCUUAUCGUAGAUUUCAUCCAGACGGCCAAAAAAUUGAUGAACUUCCACCAGGAAUCGAGUUGAUUGAUGAUUAAUUAAAAAGUGUAUAUAUGUUACACUAAAUAUUAUUAUUGUUUAAUGUUUUCUAGUUACUCAGUGUUGAAUGAGUGCACAUAUACACUAGCUUUUCAUGAGUCUUGAUUCGUCAUGAAUGAUUGAAUAUAUUCAUCCCUUGCAGG